UUUAUCUAUUAUUUUCUCUCUCUCUCUCGCCCUCACUUGAAAUUCACUCUUUCUCUCUCUAAAACCCCUCUCUUUUAACCUCUUUUCUUCUCAUGCUUGUGCAGAUCAGCCCUAAGCAUACGGGUUGUGAUGGCGGUUUUUAGUUUUAUUUGUUGUUGAUGUUGUUGUUUAUGAAAGGAAGAAGCUUGGGAUUUACGUUUGGGGUUUUUGAAAUUUUGAAAUAAAAAAAGAUGACGUCAACUUCGGGAGCGGCUUCGUCGUCUAAGAUUUGCUUCAAUUCGGACUGUAACGACUUGAAAUCGGAAAGACCGAGGAAGGGAUGGCGGUUGCGAACGGGGGAGUUGGCUGAGCUCUGUGAUCGAUGCGCUUGUGCUUUUGAGGAGGGAAGAUUUUGUGAUACUUUUCACUCAAAAGCUUCCGGUUGGAGGAACUGCGAGUCAUGUGGGAAGCGGGUUCAUUGCGGAUGCAUUGUUUCUUUUAAUGCAUUUACAUUGUUGGAUGCUGGAGGAAUAGAAUGCUUAGCAUGUGCGAGGAAAAAUGUUGUUUUGGCACCAAAUUCUUCAUGGCCACCUUUGCUUUUCCAUUCAUCUUUGUCUGAGAGAUUUAAAGACUAUUCUGCAAAAGGUUGGAGUCAGCUAGCUGGUUCUGGUCCUGUACCUUGGAGGCAAGCGCCCAGUUUGUUCAAUUCUUCAAUUCCUCAGCCUGAGUUGCAUUCUAGAGUGCCCUAUGAAGUUGACUUAUCCACUGGAAUUGACAGACUAAAUGUCUCUGACAGACUAUCUAUUCCUUCCCUGGAGAAGACGAAAAUUGAGGACUUUUCUGAAAGGUUAAUGAAUGGACCUCUGAAGCUUGGCGCUCCGGAUAUACUUGAGAAUGGAAAUGCAGGAAUCAAUUGUGAGGAGCCGCCUAGUUCAUGUUUAACUAAAUCUCAGCAGCCUUCUCUGAAGGAGGAGCCAUCUAAUCCACCAUUUGGGUUAGCUGUGCCUUAUACAUCUCCAGGUGAUGCAAAUGGUCAAAUUGGGGUUUCUGGCACUCAUUUGCGACCAAACCCCCAACCUCCACUGGCCAAACAACUUCACAGUAAUCUACAUAAUGGGCUUGAUUCAUCAAGUGAAACUCAGAUUCGUAAUGGGAGGCCUCGACCAGAUGGCCGUGGAAGAAAUCAAUUAUUUCCUCGUUAUUGGCCUAGGUUUACUAACCAGGACCUACAGCAAAUAUCUGGAGAUUCAAAUUCUAUAAUCACUCCUUUGUUUGAGAAAAUGUUGAGUGCUAGUGAUGCUGGGCGAAUUGGACGUCUGGUGCUGCCAAAAAAAUGUGCGGAGGCCUAUUUCCCAGCAAUAUCUCAGCCAGAAGGUUUACCUCUUAAAGUCCAGGAUUCAAAAGGAAAGGAAUGGAUAUUUCAGUUCCGCUUCUGGCCCAACAAUAAUAGCAGGAUGUAUGUUUUAGAGGGGGUUACUCCUUGCAUACAGAACAUGCAAUUGCAAGCGGGCGACGUAGUAACAUUUAGUCGGUUAGAGCCUGGAGGGAAGUUGGUCAUGGGUUUCAGAAAGGCUUCAACUGCUUCGGCUACUGAGCAGGACAAUGAAGCCAAAAAUAGUAGUGGAGUUUCUAUGCAUGGAGAUGCUGAAAUGGCAGAUCCUACUUCAUGGUCAAAAGUUGAUAAGUCAGGAUACAUAGCAAAGGAAGCAUUAGGAACCAAACUAGCAGCUUCAAGAAAGAGGAAGAAUAGCAUGCUGGGUUCAAAGAGUAAGCGACUAAGAAUAGAUACUAAAGACCUGAUAGAGCUGAAACUAACAUGGGAAGAAGCUCAAGGGCUGCUCCGCCCCCCUCCUAAUCAUGUACCCAGUGUUGUAGUGAUUGAAGGUUUUGAGUUUGAAGAAUAUGAGGAUGCACCGAUUCUUGGGAAACCAACAAUUUUUGCAACUGAUAAUUCGGGGGAAAAGAUUCAGUGGGCUCAAUGCGAAGAUUGUUUUAAGUGGCGUAGAUUGCCUUCCAAUGCUCUUCUUCCUUCCAAAUGGAUCUGUUCCAGUAACUCGUGGGAUCCAGAAAGAUCUUUUUGUUUGGCCCCUCAAGAAUUGACAACAGAACAGCUGGAAGAUCUGCUGCCACACUGUAAUCCAGCUGCUUCUAAGAAAAUGAAGGCUGCUAAACGUGAACCAGAAAACGUAGAUGCUUUAGAGGGGCUGGACACUCUUGCCAACCUAGCUAUCUUGGGAGAGGGUGAAGCUCUCCCUGCUUCAUCUCAGGCCACCACAAAGCAUCCCCGGCAUAGACCUGGCUGCUCAUGUAUUGUAUGCAUUCAGCCCCCAAGUGGGAAGGGCCCCAAACACAAGCAGACAUGUACUUGUAAUGUCUGCCAAACAGUGAAGAGACGAUUCCGCACACUCAUGCUGCGCCGUGAGAAGAAACAGUCACAAAAAGAAGCAGAAACUACAUGCAAGAAGCCGCAACCUUCAUUGCCUGAUAAAGUAUUGGAUGAUGAUCCUGUCCCUCGUACAAAUGCAGGGAAUAGCAGUCCAAACGUGAAAAAGGUUGUCAGUGAGGGUUCAGACAAUGAUCCUAACAGAGUAAAAUCCUCGACUUCACCUUUUAAAGGCCAAAUUGACUUGAAUAUCCAACCGGAGCGAGAAGAAGAGCUGUCACCUGGUGCAGAUUCUGGCAGCAUGAUGAGAUUAAUUCAAGAUGCCACUGAGAGGUACCUUAGGCAGCAAAUGUUGAGCUCUGGUGGCAAUAGUAAUUCUGACGCUACUCAGACACCCCCUGGUGGCGGCUCAGAAGGAGAAAAAAUCAGCAGCAGUGUCAAUCUUGGGUCCAGUCAUCGAGAUUCUGACAGGGACCAUCCAACAGUUUUCUCUAUCAAAACAUCUGCACCCUCAUCAGCUACUGGUUAGCUUAAUGCACUAUGUUAGAUGGACCAUUAGCAAGGAAUCACUAUUGUGUUAAGGGCGAUACAGUUUUGAUGACACAUGCAUCUUCAUCUUUAUUGUUCUUCACGGCUG